AUGCCUCCGAAAUCAAGCAACGAAGUUGCUGGUAAUGUCGGAGAAACUGAGGAGAGCCGAUAUGACAACAUGCAAGUGCUCAAUCCAAGAGUGAUAUGCUGCCUCCUCAGUGAUACAACCAAUGAUGUGGUUGAACAGGAUGGUAUAGGAAGUUAUCAACACAAAGGAAUAGAUGCGCCUAUAAGCUCAUUACCAUUAGGUACAAUAGGGUCUAUAUUCGAACAUGGCCAAACUAGUAACCAGGUUACUGCAGGCCAAAAUACUAGCAACAUAGGUCAAAGUGUAGUAGAGCAAAAUAUAGGCAAUCAGGGUCUUACUAACCAGAUUGGGCAAGUUGGAGAUAGCCUUGUUGGAGUUGACCGAAUCGGCCAAGCUAGAGAAAGGCAAAAUAUAGCUGGCCAAAAUGGAAAUAGCCAAAGCACAAAUGACCAGAAUAUUAGAAAUAAUAAUGGCCAAAGUCAAAACAAUUAUGGCCAGGGGUUCGGCCAAAAUAGCUAUGGUCAAAAUCUUGGUCAGAAUAAUUAUGGCCAGGGUCUUGGUUAG